AUGCAGAGGUACUAUGAUGCCACGCCGUGUCCGGCGACUUACUCGGGACCGCGACACAUGCCGUCUUACUACCGCAAUCACACUACUCUUUACGCGUCCUCGGACGCGACGAACCUGUACGCGCAGGACGAUACUACUGCGAACAUCGAGUAUACACGGGAAAUCCGGACUCAUAUUCAACACGCGAAGCCCAGACGAUGCCCGGCAGCGAUGAGGAAGUCCGCAUGGAAUCCAGCGACGGAUAUCUUCCAAGAUGUAGCGGAAGAGUCUCCGAAUUGCACCGCUGCCCAGAGCCGAAAGAGCAGAGGGCCAGUGUACGGCGCUGAGCAGACAACUGGGCGGAAUACAGUCUUGUCACAGCCGCCACACAGAAGUGCUGUUGCGCCGCAGCACCCAAAGCCUACGCAGCCUUCGCGACGGCGCGUCUCAACAAUGCUUGCUGAAAGAGAGAGAAAAAAUGCGGAUGGGCGCGUGGAUAGCAGCAUCGUAGAAGGGGAGCGAGCUGGCAGAUCCGAGGCAAAGAAGGAUCCGCGCAGGAGAACGAUCUAUAUCCCAUCCGAGGAUACUACGAUUGUGACAAUCCACCCGGGAGCACCGCUCCACAAGACGAGAGCCAUCCGCGACAAGUCUCCAGACUUGGCCUUUGAUCUGUUCUACGUGUCAGAAGGAGAGCCCGAGAACCUCAAGUCAGCACUGCGCCAAACAAAAGCAGCCCGGAAGUCCCUCGCGGCAGCGCCCAAACGUGGUCCUCUGCAGCAGACAGCUCGGCCUCUGCAGAGCGUCAGUUUCUCGGAGGAUGUCGUGGGUAAAAACGGAGGAAAGGAGAACAUGCCUCCAGGAAAGCAAAAGCUGCUGGUAGUGAAGGAAGAUAUACCCCAAGAGAAGGAUAACUUACGCUCGAGCAAGCACUUCUCUAAAUCACGCGAAGCAAAACAUGAGAAAGCCGCUCAUGCCACAGAAGAUGCUCGUCCAGUGCUUAAAUCUAUCAAAGAGCUCCGCGCGGCCAAAGCAAUAGUUAACAAGAGGGAGAUCGCCAGCACUUACGCUCCCGCAGCGACCUGGAACAAGAAGAGAACUAGCUCUGGCAGCAUUUCUGGCUCGUCACCUGCAAAGACUCCCAAGAUUGGAGAUAACACUUCUGUCAAUGGAAAUACACACCAGCGGUCGAAGACGCAAGCAUCAGUUCCUCAGGCCCUCGAUCGUCCAUCGCGCUUGUCGUGGUCGCCAAAACCAACUCUUCCGCUUAAGUCCCGAAAGCCACCUUCAAAGCUUAACGUGCCGCUCAUCGUCCAGAAAGCCGCGGAGCAGCAAGCAAAAUACCCUUUGCUCUCGGAGGACCUAUCCAAGCCAGAGCUAUACGAAGACCAAUGGCUCAGCUAUCAAGAAGUCGCUCUCUCCCAGCUUAUCAACAGCAUUUUCGAGUCGGCUGGAAAGCAGUCGAACACCUUCGAGCAGGAGCCGAGCCAGCUCAGAAAGAGACUUCUUGUGAUAUACCAGGCGUCCGAAAUUCCACUGCUCCACAAACGUCUCCAAGCUUCUUUACUAUACGGCGCGUUGAGCAUCCCCAGAGAGCUCCUAACGCGAGCGGCUCGUCUGAAGGACGAUAUUGGACUACGACGCAAAUUCCUGAAUCUUUGGCUGGACACGUAUGAUCUGGAAACGCUCAAGGCCGCCGCGGAGGCCAUCGUCGGGCGUGAGUGUCAAGCCUCGUUGAGGCUGUCUAGCGGCUCUUCUGCCGUUGAUCUCACCGAGCGAAAACUUCGUGCGGAGAAAAAGCCUAUCGAAGGCUUUCUAGACACCUUCCUAGUCCGCAACGAGGACGCUGUCCGCGUUAAGGCUGGUAUCGGCAGUAUAACCAGCGUUACGAGAGGAGCUGGACACCAUGAAGACGAAGUUGGCUCGCAAGGCUGGUCCUGGCGCCGAACGGUUCUGCGAAGUCUGAUGUUGAUCCACCUCCUAGACCGGGCAAAGACUUCGGACACCAUCACAUGCUGUCUCUUUCAGGUUUCUUCGCUGUACAAAUCGUCCACGGCAGUGCUCCACGCUCUCUCGGCUAUGCUCUUUCCCUCUCUUGGUGAUGUUGUCCGGCCGCUCGGGCAUCUCACUUACCACCUCUCGUGUGUUCAGUACCCGCUUCAGGAGUAUACUUACCAGAUAUCGAACCUGGCAACUGAUUUGAGGAAUGGCGUGCUCUUGACGAGACUGGUAGAGUUACUGCUGUAUCCGUCGUCCGCUCUUUCUUCGUUUUCCGACGGCACCGUCACAGUAUCAAUGCCCACUGGGGAGCUGCUUACAACCGUCUUCCACCUGGACGAGAAGGAAGAAUGGGUGCUCUCGCAGCACUUGAAAGUUCCAUGCAUUGGCAGGGCGCAGAAACUGUAUAAUGUACAGAUCGCGUUGAGCGCCUUGGAAGGGGUACGAGAUCUCGCGGGCAAGAUCACAGAAGACGUCAAGGCCGAAGACAUUGUCGAUGGCCAUCGGGAGAAGACGUUGGGUUUCCUCUGGGGCCUUGUUGGCAAGUGCGGUCUAGGAUCCCUUGUGGACUGGCAGGAGGUUGGAAAAGAGAACCACAGGUUGAAAGCGCAGUUCAGCGAAGAGAACCCGGCUCACGGAGACUCCAACUCCGACAAUGAAGACGACCUGGCCGAUCCCUCAGACCUGGAACGCUACGCCCAUCUCCUCCUCACCUGGGCCCGCAACAUCGCGCGCCUCCACAACCUCCGUGUCACGAACCUCACAACCUCCUUCGCCAACCCCAAAGUUCUCGACGCCAUAGUCUCGCACUACCUCCCCUACUGCACCGCCUCGACCUCCCCACCAUCCCACCAAGGACCCCCACCAUACCUCCCCGAAAAACUCAAAUCCAUCGGCUGCAGCACGCCCUUCAUCGCCCUCUUCGCCCCGUCCUCCAGUAGCAGCGGCCCCUAUCCCCUCCCCACGAAAGCCACAACUCUCACGACUCUCGCCUUCCUCGCUUCCCGCCUCCUCCCGCUCUCACGCGCCCACCGCGCCGCAUGUACAGUUCAGCGCGCCUUCCGCGCCCGCCUCGCACGGAGGGAUGUCUUCAGGCGGAUCACGCUUAUGCGGUUGGCGGCUGAGUGUGCGAUGGUGGUGCGGGCUCGGACGAGGGUGGUGCACGCGGCGACUGUGCUGCAGAGGGCGUGGCGAAAGGUGUUGGAUAAGAGGAUCGGGAGGUUGGUGGAGGAUGUGGUUGGGUUUCAGGCUGUGGCUAGGGGUUGGGCUGUGAGGCGGAGGGUUGCGGAUGGGAAGGAUGGCGGAAAGGCGAGGAGGAGGGUUAGAGGGGGUUGGUGA